UCAAGUGAGUUGCGGAACGUAUUCACAACCUCUCAACCGCGUCUCACUUCAAGCCGUGUGUGCGCGCGUUUCACCUUGUUCCUUUUUUUUUUUUUCAACGCGGGUUUUAUCGCCACUUUUUAUCCUUUCCCGAUAUUAUCUUUUCCGAUCUACACACACACACACACACACACACACACAUACAGAAACAUACAGACACACACAGAUACACACAUAUAUUCCUUUCGUCGUUCGACGAUUCAGUUAUCCCGGCUCUGCCGUGAUCGUCCAAGCUAUCGCGAUCCAGUGCAUAUCGCUGCGAAUCCAACGUCGUUACAGAAUCCCGUGUACCGAGCGUGAAAUUUUCGAGUCGUGCCGGGAUGUUGCUGCGUAAUCAGACUUUCGUUAGCGGUCCAUUGGCUUUCAUCGGCGAGGAAGCUGGGUAUGUUCCGUCGAUGCGAGAAAGAUUUCUGGGUUGGAACGUACCGCCGGAGUACUCGGAUCUCGUGCACCCCCACUGGAGAGGGUUCAUGGCACCUGGAAAAUAUUGGCACAUCGGACUUGCGCUCAUCUAUUCGAUGCUGCUGGCAAUGUCCUGCGUGGGCAAUUGUUGCGUCAUAUGGAUAUUUAGCACAUCGAAAUCGCUGAGGACGGCUUCGAACAUGUUCAUAGUCAGCCUGGCAAUAUUCGACAUAAUAAUGGCCCUGGAAAUACCGAUGUUUAUAGUGAGCAGUUUCGUCGAGCGUAUGAUCGGCUGGGAGAUCGGAUGCGACAUCUACGCGGUGUUGGGCUCGGUCUCCGGCAUGGGACAAGCAAUCACGAACGCUGCCAUCGCCUUUGAUCGAUACAGAACCAUUUCCUGCCCGAUCGAUGGACGGCUCAACUCGAAACAAGCCGCGGUGAUCAUCGCCAUCACGUGGUUCUGGGUGACGCCGUUCACUGUUUUACCGCUGCUAAAAGUCUGGGGUCGAUUCACUACCGAGGGAUUCCUCACCACUUGUUCGUUCGACUUCUUGACGGACGACCAAGACACCAAGGUCUUCGUCAUGUGUAUCUUCAUUUGGUCUUACGUGAUCCCUCUGACCUUCAUCGUAUACUUCUACUCUCAGUUACUCAAGUCCAUUCGCAAUCACGAGAAAAUGCUACGGGAACAGGCCAAGAAGAUGAACGUGAAAUCGUUGGUGUCGAAUCAGGACAAGGAAAGGAGCGUCGAACUAAGAAUCGCCAAGGUGGCGUUCACUAUCUUCUUCCUCUUCCUUCUAGCUUGGACGCCGUACGCGACGGUCGCCAUGAUCGGAGCAUUUGGCAAUCGCGAGGUACUGACGCCGGUGGCCACGAUGUUGCCCGCCUUGUUCGCCAAAUCGGUGUCUUGCAUCGAUCCGUGGAUUUACGCGAUCAAUCAUCCGAGAUACCGGCAAGAAUUACAAAAGCGAUGCAAAUGGAUGGGCAUUCACGAGCCGGAAGCAACCCACGACUCCGCGUCUGCCCAGACUGAGAAGAUUAAAUCGGACGAGGCAUAAAUCGAGCGUCCCGCACUUCCAGCACGUUGAAGCGCUUACGGGCACGUUCGGUCCUCCAGCAUCUCGAGAUCGAGAUACACUGAACAACAAACGCGAAAAACCACCACCAGUGUCAUCUCGGUCUCUCCCGAUUCCGUAGCACAUGUAGGGUACACGUAGAGAUCGGGAGGAUUCUACGUGGCUACGUGAAAUCUUGAAUCACUAUACAGUCGAUGUUGAACCGUGCAUCGACGCUAAUACGCGAUUGUACUGUUGUUGAAGCAUUAAUAAUAAA